AAAUAAUGACACAUUUUUUGAAUGAUAGAAGCAUGGAGCAUCUUUAUCAGAACAUUUGUUUCUUUGACUGGUAAGAUAUGAAAAAUAAGAUUUGUGUGAAUGUAUGGUAAUUUGUUAUUUUCAUAUUCAAUGCAUGUUGCAGCUCACACUAAUGUAAUUUUCCUUCUACAUAUAAGAGUCCAUACAGUAAAACAUCCUAAUGAUUCAUUCUAGCAUUAACUGAAACCCAAGUUCAGCUACUUAUCCUUUCUUUAGUGAAGAAAAAGAAUACUUAAGUGAUCACAAUAUGGCUAAUCCUACUGGUGUUCUUACUUUUACACUUAUAUUUGUUCUUGUACCUACCACCCUUUCACAGACAUUUGGCAAAUUACCUGCAGGCCCCACCGUGUCAUCAUGUGGGCCACUCCUGUUUCAAUUGGCUCCCUGUGGACCAUUCGUGCAGGGCGCAUCGCCCGCACCGACCGAGCUGUGUUGCAGUAACCUCAGGCAACUCUAUAGUCAGCAACCAGGUUGCCUUUGCCUGUUGCUCAAUCAAACUAGCCUUAGCUCCCUGCCUAUCAACACCACAUUAGCUCUUCAGUUGCCAACUCUUUGCAGUAUGCAUGUUGACAGCUCUACCUGUUCAGUUUCUGAAGGACUGGCUCCUAGCUCACCAACACCUCAAGUUUCCUUUGGGACAAAUAGCAAUUCAACUGUUGCUGCUUCGCCGAUGGUGACAGUGGGCCCACCUAAGAUGUCCAGCAUUUUGGGAUUUGGCGUUAACAACAGCUCUGCUAUAAACUUAAAUGCAAAGGGGAACUUGAUGAUCACGGUGCUAUCUUCUUGGGGUGCAUUAUUCUGGCUCUAACCGUUUUCGUAUUGUUUGUAAAGUCAUUAUUUGACUUAAAGUUUAGUUCAGACGUGAUAUGUAGCAAGUAGAAUAUGCUUGAGUACAUGUUUUUCUAUCAUAGAUUUGUUUGUCCACCCAUUUUAAAACUAGUUAUUCCCCUAGCCCCGUUUCAAGAAUCAUAUGCUAAUUUUAUAACAUAUAUUUAUGCUCAUAUGCCAAUUUUUUUUUCAA